AUGAAGGAGAGAAUGAUGACCCUCAUCGUCGGCCAAGAGGAAGCUCACUUCACAUGGUUCCAUGAAGUCCUCUCGUUCCACUCAUCCUUCUUUGCUGGCGCCAUCAAAUACUCUUGGUCCACCGAGUCGAAGGAAAAGAUUGUACGCAUGCCCGAGGACUCGCCUGACGUUGUUCGCGAAUUCAUCCGCUGGAUCACUGACCACAAAGUCGGCGGCCAUGGCGCUGGUUCCAACAAUCCCUCCCUGUCGCCUUGGGACUACUGGGAUCUGAUGGUUGAGCUCUAUAUCUUCGGCAACAAAUACAACAUCCCUCGCCUGCAGAAUGUUGCCAUCAACGAGAUCAUUGAUCUCUUUCGCGAACAGUUCGCCUUCCCUCGCGCUUCUACUAUCUACAAGAUUUACGAACGUACUCCGCUCGGCGUAUCUCUUCGCAGACUUGUCACAGAUAUCGUCGUCCUCUCCCACGAGAAUGUUGAAGCCCUUAUCGAUGGCCAGUCUCGCUUUGGUGAAGGUUUGCACUUUGAGUUCAUCAACGACUUGAUCAAGCGUCUGUACAGAGCCGCCACGCACCCUGAUGGCUUCGAAUCCCAGCGAAGACUCCGCAAGAAUUGGGGACUCGUCAGCCGCUGUCUCUACCACGUCUCUGAAGUCGAUGCCCGCUCGAACGGAAAGGAGGUUGGUGUGCAUCCCUCCAGUCUCAAACCCUUGAGUGGCCGCUAA